AAGAUCUGACGUGCGAGCGUCUUCCCUGCAACGCUGCCAUACUGUGUCGGAGCAGCACAGUGCCUCUUGUAAAGGAAGCUUUGCACAAAUUGUCCUUGUUCCAAGGAUGAGGAAACCUCCAGCUCUUCUGGCAUUUUCUCUCCAGCAUAACUCAGAGCUGCUUUCACCUGGGAAGUGUGAUAAGCACAGACGGGGAGAGGACUGGAACAGAGAGGGACUGGGAGCAACCUUACAAGGCUUUUCAUGGAGCUCUUGGUGUUAAAUGAGGAACUUUUCCCCUCCUCCUCUCCUCAUUUUCCUGUGUGCCUGCAAAAAUACUCUGGUUUGCAUUUAAAGGAGAAAACUGUAUGUGCUGGGACUAAGCCAACUUGUUUAUUCAAGGGAAAUACCAUAUUUCCAACCCUUUCUUUCUCAGAGGAAGGCUUGACGGAGGAUGGCAGACCGUGCUGAGCAUUAUAUUUUUAGGUGACAUCGAAGCACAGUUGUGAUUCGAAGAAGCUGAAAUCAUGGCUGGCAUUCUGCACUGAGCUGGACGAGACCUGUGCUCCCCUCGCCCCAGAGAGGGGUUAACUUCUUCCUCCUAGACUGCGCGUUCAGAGCAGGUGGAUUUUGACCUAAAUCAAGGCGAAAAACAACAACAAGAACAAUAGCCUGCGACUUUCCACACUUUGCAAUUUCCCUUCUCCAAAUUGGAUUUUUAUUGCGAGGCAGGAGCCCGCCUGCGCCCCGGCGGUGGCGAGGAGCAGGGGCUGUGAGCGACCGUGGUUGCAAACACCAGCUCCUCUCUUACUGUCAAAAAAUGGCAGCGAACAGUGCUGAAUAAGGGAGAGACAAGGAAAGACGCCUGCAUGAAGACUGAGCUGCUGAAAGACAUCACCAACAACAAGGAGGAAGGGUUCAAUGCCAUGGCUGCAGAUGAAAGUGCUACAGAAAAGCAAGUGGGGGAACCAAAAAUGGCUGUAGACGGUGAAACCAACGGUUCCUGUGAGCACAGCGAAGCUGGUAGCCACCCAAACCCAGCAAAAAACACUCAGGACAAUACGAAAGUGAGCCAGCAGGACUCUAGUACUAAAUUAAAUAGGAUAGCAGAAAAUGGCAUUUCGGAACGAGAUGGUGAGACUGGGAAGCAAAACCAUAUGAAAGCUAAUGACUUCACGCAGACUUCUGUAACAGGGAGCAAUGGAUAUAUUCUAACCAAGCAGAUGGCACAGGAGCAACCUCUAAGGACUACCAGCACCUUUGCUUCUCUCACCGGCCAUGCUGCAAAAACCCUUCCAGGAGGAGCAAGCAAAGGGAGGACUGUGGGCACCUUUUCUCAGAUGCAAGCCACGAUGCCAGCCAAGCUUGGGGAGGGCAGUAAGGACAUGGAUGCUAAAAAAGCCACCGCUGCUAACACUGAAGUCAAGGUCCACAGAGCACGGAAGACAAUGCCUAAACCCACCCCUAGCCUGGAUUUGCUUCCUGAACUGGGAUCGAAGCUGAAUCUGAAACAGCAUGCAAGUAAAGACCCCAAAGAUGGGAGAGACAGCAGAGAUCAAAAAGAAUCAAAGGAGGAAGGCAGCAAAAAUGUCCUGGAGUUUGGGAAGCCGUUGCCCUUGCCCUCUCUCCCGGGCCUUCACCAGUCACUACCUCAGAACCAGAGCUAUGUGGCCACCACGAAGUCGCAGACGGGUAAAAAGGACAGAGUUAAAAUCCCUGGCAGCACCCGCCUCCCAAACGUGUGUGUGAGUCCGAGUGCGUGGGCUGAGGCAGCUGCUGCAGUAUCUCGGAAGAAAAAACGGAGAAUGGGAACCUAUAGCCUGGUUCCCAAGAAAAAGACCAAAGUGUUAAAACAGAGAACAAUGAUUGAGAUGUUUAAGAGCAUAACUCAUUCCUCUGCGGGUGCCAAGAGUGAAAAGGACCUAGGUGAUGUCAGCCCUCAUGUGAAUGGGGAAAGCAUAGAUGUAGACUCUGAAGAGGAAGACUCUGAUGAGUUAGAAGAGGAGGAUGAUCACGGAGCAGAACAGGCAGCUGCAUUUCCUGCAGAUGAUAACAGGACCUCUAAAGACAGCGCGUCUGAUGCAGACAAUGCCAGAAAGAUGGAUGAUGGCGAGUCUGAGGAGGAGCAAGAGUCUGGAGAGUCUGUGGAGGAGGAGGAAGAUGGAGAUGAGUCUGACUUGAGCUCGGAGUCCAGCAUCAAGAAGAAGCUGCUGAAGAGGAAAGGAAAGACGGACAGCCCAUGGCUGAAACCCACCCGCAAGAGGAGACGGAGGAAUAAAAAGAAACAAGGCAGUGUACUAGGUGCUGAAGCCUAUAAAUCAUCUUUGGGAGGCAGAGAGGGGUCAGGCCAGGACAACAGCAUGGAGUACAUGGAGGUGUCUCUGGAUUCCUUGGAUCUCCGGGUGAAGGGAAUUCUCUCCUCGCAGGCGGAAGGUCUUUCCAACGGCCCUGAAGCAAUGGAAGUGGAUGGUCUCCAGGAAGUCCCCCUCUGUAGCUGUCGAAUGGAAACCCCCAAAAGCAGAGAGAUCACCACGCUAGCCAACAACCAGUGCAUGGCCACAGAGAGCGUGGAUAACGAGCUGGGCCGAUGCACAAACAGUGUGGUUAAGUAUGAACUGAUGCGCCCGUCUAACAAAGUCCAGCUUUUGGUGCUGUGUGAGGACCAUAGAGGGAGGAUGGUGAAACACCAGUGUUGCCCUGGCUGUGGAUACUUUUGCACUGCAGGCACUUUCAUGGAGUGUCAGCCUGAGAGCAGCAUCUCCCACCGUUUCCACAAGAGCUGUGCCUCCCAGGUCAACGACACGAGCUACUGCCCACACUGCGGGGAGGAGGCCUCCAAGGCAAAGGAGGUGACAAUAGCAAAAGCAGACACGACCUCAACAGUGUCGCUGACCUACGAGCAGCAGAAACCAGCAGCUGUGGAGGGAAGGGCUGACACCACGACAGGGAGUGGCACUGGAACACGAUUGUCAGAGGAAGACAAGCCAGAAAGUUCGGCUGCUGAGGGGUUUGACUUAGCUGGGUCUUCAGUUUUUCCAAAGCCUACUACUAGCCUGACCCAGGGACCAGUUAAAGAAACUCUGGAAAGUGCCCUGAUUGCCCUGGACUCAGAAAAACCCAAGAAGUUACGGUUCCAUCCAAAGCAGUUAUACUUCUCUGCAAGGCAAGGAGAGCUGCAGAAAGUCCUGCUUAUGUUGGUGGAUGGAAUUGACCCUAAUUUUAAAAUGGAGCAUCAGAGUAAGAGAACCCCUCUCCAUGCUGCCGCUGAGUCUGGCCACGUGGACAUCUGCCAUAUGCUGAUUCAGGCUGGUGCGAAUAUAGACACCUGCUCUGAAGACCAGAGAACCCCACUGAUGGAAGCAGCGGAAAACAACCACCUGGAAACUGUGAAAUACCUUAUCAAGGCUGGAGCGCUAGUAGAUCCUAAGGAUGCGGAGGGCUCCACGUGUCUGCACUUGGCUGCCAAGAAGGGGCACUACGAUGUUGUUCAGUACCUCCUGUCCAACGGGAAGAUGGAUGUCAACUGCCAGGACGACGGAGGCUGGACGCCGAUGAUCUGGGCCACUGAGUACAAGCAUAUCGAGCUGGUGAAGCUGCUGCUGGCGAAGGGGUCGGACAUCAACAUUCGAGACAAUGAGGAAAAUAUUUGUUUGCACUGGGCUGCUUUCUCUGGCUGCGUUGACAUUGCGGAGAUACUGCUGGCUGCUAAGUGUGAUCUACACGCGGUGAAUAUUCACGGAGACUCCCCCCUGCACAUCGCAGCCAGAGAGAACCGCUACGAGUGUGUGGUUCUAUUUCUUUCCCGUGGCUCGGAUGUCACUUUAAAGAACAAGGAGGGUGAGACUCCACUCCAGUGCUCCAGCCUUAACUCUCAGGUCUGGGUGGCUCUACAGAUGAACAAGACUCUUAGAGAAUCGUCGACUGACAAGCCCGUCCAGAUAGAGAAGGUAGUGAGCAGAGACAUUGCCCGGGGUUACGAGAGGAUCCCGAUUCCCUGCGUCAAUUCAGUGGACAGUGAGCCUUGUCCUAGCAACUACAAAUACGUUUCGCAGAACUGUGUCACAUCCCCAAUGGACAUCGAUAGAAACAUCACUCAUUUACAGUAUUGUGUAUGUAUAGACGACUGCUCCUCCAGUAACUGCAUGUGUGGCCAACUCAGUAUGCGCUGCUGGUAUGAUAAGGACGGCCGACUCCUGCCUGAGUUCAACAUGGCCGAGCCGCCGCUGAUCUUUGAGUGUAACCACGCGUGCUCGUGCUGGCGGACCUGUAGGAACCGGGUGGUGCAGAAUGGGCUCAGGACGCGGUUGCAGCUCUACCGGACACAAAAAAUGGGCUGGGGUGUGCGAACGAUGCAAGACAUUCCACUGGGAACCUUUGUGUGCGAGUACGUUGGUGAGCUGAUAUCCGAUUCCGAGGCAGACGUCCGUGAAGAGGACUCCUACCUCUUCGACCUUGAUAACAAGGAUGGAGAGGUGUACUGCAUAGAUGCCCGUUUCUACGGCAAUAUCAGCCGCUUCAUAAACCACCUCUGCGAGCCAAACCUCAUCCCGGUGCGGGUCUUCAUGUCGCAUCAGGACCUCCGCUUUCCCAGGAUCGCCUUCUUCAGCACGAGGCACAUAGAAGCCGGAGAAGAAAUCGGCUUCGACUACGGCGACAGGUUCUGGGACAUCAAAGGCAAGUUCUUCAGCUGUCAGUGCGGUUCACCCAAGUGCAAACACUCGAGCUCAGCGCUGGCCCAGCGGCAGGCGAGCACCUCGUCCCAGGACACGCAGGAAAACGGGCUCCCCGACACCAGCUCUGCCACAGCAGCCGGCCCCUUUUGAGGCUCCGCUCCCCAGAGACUGACUUGUUUUAACCCUAUAGAUUCACAUACUGUCUGAAUUUCCAUUUAAAGAGAGAAAACCCGCUCAAGGAAAGCCAAGGGUUCGUGACACUUAGGGCUGUGCCACCGACUGUUACUUGAGGAAUAAGUGAAAGCAAAUCCCACCUCCGUGGCGUUGUUCUCCCCUCCCCGGUCCUGGAAAGCUGCUGGUUUUUACAGUGCGUGCCGAGGGGUGGCUGUUGCGUUUUUUUUCCAUGCAAGCUGUCCCGGCCUCCGUCUCUUAAUGUGCUAAGUGUUGUCAGAGCCAAGGGAGAGCUGCCCGUCCUCCGAAUAUUGUUAAUUGAAUGGAUCGCUCAUGCCAAGUCAUCUCCAGUUCACUUGUAAUAAACUUUGAGUACUUGAUGGGACUUUCUUUCUAAAAGCCGGGGGGAGCGGGGAGGGGGAGGGAGGUGCUGGCGGCCACUUGUCUUGGCACAGCCCCGGGGCAGGGUCUGCUGCUUGGUUUCGUUGGUUAGUUUGGGGUUUAUUCUUGUUUUUUAAAAAAACCACCUCGAAUUUCUGCCGCAUCUCGCAGGACGUUGCGGUGGGGCCUUUCCCUUGGAGCUAGAGGGCAUUUCUAACCCAUGCCUCCUUGUUACCAAAUCCACCGGCUUUUUUUUUUUUUUUCCCUCUUCUGAUGAGACGAAAUCCACAGUACUUAACCCCCUUCGGUCCCCGUCUCUCCCGAGCCGACCAGAGACGUCCCUCAGGCCCUGCUCCCGUUCAGGCUGUCUCCGUUAGAACCAGCUCCCGGCUGCGCCCUUGGCCGCGUUACAGUUUCAGUGUUCGCUUCGUCGGUGGAAGGAUCUCCCUCUCCUGCCGCAUUAACAGUUGUGGAGAGGGAAGGUUGAAGGGGAUUGUACAAGACACUAACUUCUUAAGAAAAUCAGUUUUCUUUUUUAAAGAUAAAGCGGAUGAUAUAUAUAUUAUAGAGAACCUCGACUCGCGUCUGCCGGCUGGGGUGAGCAGCAGACAGGACAUGUCGCAGCGAGAAGAUCCCGGAUGCCACCAGCUCGUCCGUUCCCAUCACUUUGCUCAACGCUGGGCACCUUCGAUUAAUUUUUAAGCCACAUGCUAUGAGGUUUCAAUAAACUGAUUUAUUUUUUACCAUUACUGAAACAUCGGGGACUAGCAUUAAAAAAAGAAAAAAAAAAACAAAAAAAAACACAAAAAAAACACAAAAAAACACAAAACAACAAAAAGAAACCACAAAACAAAACGGUGCUGAUUCUGGUGUGAUUUUUGCUCACCACGUGAAUAUAAACUAUCAAUUGUAUAAAAAGAACAAAGUGAUUUUAGUAUAAAAUGCAGGAAAAAACACAAAAC